AUUCCUUUCAGCACUCGCCGUCAUGGACAGCUCCCUCGCCUCUCUAUGCUUUCCUCUGCAGUGAUCUGAUUUGCCCAGCCAGCAGCGGUCGGUGCGGCACCCGACACCGGUUCUUAGCCAGAGCGCACCGAACACGCGCUCCCUCCCGCCUCCCUCUCCGUCCCCCACCCUUCGCUCACUCCAGCCCACUCCAGCAGCGACUUUGAGGGAUUCCCUCUCAGGCGCCCACUGCAGCAGCACAUCUGGCCUCAUUCGCAGCAACUACAAGCAUGGAUCUCCGAGGAAGAGCCUUUCUCAGCGUCCAUAGACUUAGAAUUCUUCUGAUGCUGUUCCAUACAAUGGCUCAAAUCAUGGCAGAACAAGAAGUGGAAAAUCUCUCAGGCCUUUCUACUAACCCUGAAAAAGACAUAUUUGUGGUGCGGGAAAAUGGGACGACGUGUCUCAUGGCAGAAUUUGCAGCCAAAUUUAUUGUACCUUAUGAUGUGUGGGCCAGCAAUUACGUCGAUCUGAUCACAGAACAGGCUGACAUCGCGUUGACGGGAGCUGAGGUAAAGGGCCGCUGUGGCAGCAGUGAGUCGGAGCUGCAGGUGUUCUGGGUGGACCGCGCUUAUGCGCUCAAAAUGCUGUUUGUAAAGGAAAGCCACAACACGUCCAAGGGACCAGAGGCGACGUGGAGACUGAGUAAGGUGCAGUUUGUCUACGACUCCACGGAGAAGACCCACUUUAAAGACGCGGUCAGCGCUGGGAAGCACACAGCCAAUUCGCAUCACCUCUCUGCCUUGGUCACCCCAGCUGGGAAGUCCUACGAGUGUCAAGCUCAGCAAACCAUUUCUCUGGCCUCGAGUGAUCCUCAGAAAACUGUUACCAUGAUCCUGUCAGCUGUCCAUAUCCAACCCUUUGACAUCAUCUCAGAUUUCGUCUUCAGUGAAGAGCAUAAAUGUCCAGUGGAUGAAAGAGAGCAGUUGGAGGAAACCUUGCCCCUGAUUUUGGGGCUUAUCUUGGGCCUUGUCAUAGUGGUAACGCUCGUGAUUUACCACAUCCACCACAAAAUGACUGCCAACCAGGUGCAGAUCCCCAGGGAUCGAUCCGAGUACAAGCACAUGGGUUAGAGGCCAUCAGGCAGGCAGCCCCCAAGUCCUAGCCCCCAACUGGAUUGGGUAGAACAACAAAAGCACUUUCCACCUUGCUCAUGGGAUACACCAACAUAGCUACAAUCCAACAGGCCUGGGUAUCUGAGGCUUGCUUGGCCUGAGUCCAUGCUUAAAUUCAGAGAUGGGGGCAGGGUUCAUUGGAUUAAUGGGCUAAAUUACUAUUCUCUCCAUGCUGGGGAGCAAAACAGAAGGGGGUCAGCCAGCUUUCAUGCUCAUGAUGGUUUGGCUUUGACUCUCCAAGAAGCAAAUAACAACACUUGAAGAGGAGUUUGGUCCUGAAGUUUUGGGAUUGAAAAUGGGCUUCCUUUGGGAGGAAACCUCUUUAGGUUCAGGGAAUAGGGGGUGCUUUGCUCCCUUGGCCUCAGCUGGCUUACUACACCGUUUAAAUGCAUACAAAAUACAACCUCAUGCUCCCUGCAGCAAGACCCCUGAAAGUGAUCCAUGCUUCUGGCUGGCGUUCUGCAUGUCUAGUGAUUGUCUUGGGAAUGUUUCACUGCUGCUUGCACCCAGUGACUUUACAGCACAAGAACCCGUUUAAUGUAACUAUGCAGUUAUUUGGAAUAUAUAAUGUAUCAGGUCCAAAUAAGGUGACCUGAAGAAUCAAUCUAUAUAAGUUUGUUUUUGAAAUGAAUUAAAACACACUACUCUCUGGCCUUUGGCUGCUUUCUUGAAACAAGAAAACAAAAGUAAAAUGGUAUCUUUGGCAUCAAGAGGGGAAAGGUGAAGGAUGCAGACGGGUUUUUUUAUUUUUCAUUUUUGCAAGAGGAAAAGCAAAGAGAAAAAGUCUUAGUUUUUCAUUAUUGUGAUAAAUAUCUGACAUAAGAACUUUAUAAGGAGGAAAAGUUUAUUUUGGCUCAUGGUUUCAGAGAUUUCAGUCCAUGGUUGCCUCACCCUGUUGCUUUGGGCAUAUGGUGGUACAGUAUAUCAUGGUAGGAGUGAGUGUGUUAUCUCAUGGCAUCUGGGAAGAAAAGAGAGGGAGACAGGAAGAAGGAGGGGUCCAAUAUCCCCUUUAAGGAUUCAACCCCAAUGACCUAACUUCCUUUCUCUAGACCCCACCCCUUCCCAGGUUCCAUCACUUCCCAAUAGUGCCAUGAACUGAAGACCAUUUCUUUGGAGGAUAUUUAAGAUCCAAAACAUAAUAGGAAAGAAAUUAGCUUUUCCAGGUAAAAGGAUAUGGAUUUAUUUUAGCAAAUAUAACUAGUUUUAAUAAUGGAACCUCUUACAUGAUGGGCCUAGUAUUGCUUCUGAUGUUUCUUGGUCUUAAAUUUGGCAUUUCUCUUUGUAUUGAAAAGCUGGAUUGGAUAUGUCAGCGUAAGCUGAGUUUUAUUUGCAGUAAAAUGUAAUUUACUCACACUUUAGAGAAAUGCACAUAGGAUAGAAAUCCCCUCCCCACUGCCCCAUACAAUCUCCUCCAACCAAUGAGAGGCAGCUUAUGAAUUCAUUUCUUUGAGUCUUUAGCUGCUGAGAGCUGGGGACAAUAGAAAUUCGCUAUCCCAAUAAAUCUUGCUAAAUAUCAGUCAGUUGUUCUAUCGUUCAUUUGUUUGCUCCACCAUCAACCUUGAUCUUCUUUACCUGAUCUCUCUUUGGUGUCUACCUAGAACCAGUGAGAGGGAAAUCUACAAAUU